AGAAGAACGAUGCGUUUGUGCUAUGGUUUAUGUGUGGUAAUCGGUGCAUUGGCGCUUGUUAAGGCAACGUGGGGACAGAACGCGAAAUGUUUGGCAUCAGGUGGCACUGAAAGGUCCUGCGUUCCCGUGGAGCAAUGCUCAACGAUCAAGGCAUUAUUAGAUAGCCCUUUUUUAACGCAACAGGAUGUGAAUAUUGUACGUGCUGCGCAAUUUGCUUGCGUAGGUGAAAAUACCAGAAACGUUUGCUGCGCCAGCCACGACAUCAUUGAAAGCACAACCGGUAAGAGAGUGGUAAGAGCUGCAAAAAAGAUUUCACCCGAUUGCCUUCAAGACAGACUUGGCGAAGGUCACGGGCACAACGGAUCGUAUCCCUCUGAAUCAUUUUUCAUCGUGUACAUUCGCCAUGGCGUUCUCAACGCCAACAAAUCAGUGCAGUAUGGCCAAUGUGGAGGCAGUUUGAUAAGCUCGCAGUAUGUGCUCACAGCGGCACAUUGCGUGAAGGAUAAGGGAUUAUUUGAUGUUUACAUCGGUGCCACUAAUCUGAACUACACUCAUCCCGAUGGAACAUAUCCUGAUGGUUUGUAUCAGGAGUUGGGCAGAGAUGAUGCCAUCGUCCACGAGGGGUACAAUGAGAAAAUGAAUGUACACGAUAUUGCGUUGCUACGACUGAGAGAGCCAGUGGACUUCUCGUUGCCAAACUCUCCGAAGCCCGUCUGUAUUCCGUCAGCAGAACACUACGAAUCGUAUCUAUCGGAAUAUCCAGUACUGGUUACCUACGGUUGGGGAGAAAAUAUUAAAGGAGUUCAAAGUGUAAUUAAGCAGACUGCCUACCUACAGUACCUACCAUUGCAGUACUGCAAGCCUAUGAUGAAGGCAGUGAUAUCGUUGCAUGGUUUUGUGCUCGACGAAGGCAAUCUCUGUACACGCACCAUUUCGGGCCACAGCUCCUUUAAAGGAUACUCUGGUUCACCGCUAAUGUAUCGUCAAAACCAAGUUUGGUUCAUGGUGGCAUUGGCUAGUUUUGGAAUCUCGCAUUAUGGUGAGGCGUCUAACAAUUACCCGGCAGUCGCCACAUCCAUCGCCCAUCACGGAGAUUGGAUUAUAGGAAAAAUUAAACACUCCCAGCGCGGAUUGUAACAUUCACAUCCUACAUGAAACAUCAAUAAAUAAAUGAAACAUCAU